AGACAGACAGCGAGCGAGCCGCGCCGGCGCGGGGCGGGAAGCGGUGCCCGCCCUGCGCUUGGCGCAGGGGAGCCGCGGCCAUGGCGGCGCGUGCCGCGCUGCAGCGGAGCGUUGUGUCCCCGGCGGGCGGGCACCGCGCCUCGGUGAUCCUGCUGCACGGCUCAGGUGACACUGGCCCAGGAGUAAGAGCGUGGAUCAAACAAGUUCUGAAUCAGGAUUUGGUUUUCCAGCAUAUAAAAGUAAUUUAUCCAACAGCUCCUGCCAGACCGUAUACACCUAUGAGAGGGGCCCUCUCCACUGUGUGGUUUGACAGAUGGAAGAUCUCUAAUGAGUGUCCAGAACACAUUGAAACCAUUGACUCAAUGUGUCAGGUGCUUACAAACGUGAUUGAUGAUGAGGUUAAAAAUGGCAUCAGCAAGAAUAGGAUAAUUUUAGGAGGUUUUUCCAUGGGAGGUGGCAUGGCAAUGCAUUUAGCGUACAGGUAUCAUCAAGAUGUGGCUGGAGUCUUUGCUCUUUCUAGCUUUCUCAAUAAGACAUCUGCUGUUUACCAGGCUUUACAGAAAAAUGAAAGUGUCCUUCCUGAAUUAUUUCAGUGUCAUGGAACAGCUGAUGAGUUAGUUCUGCACUCGUGGGGUGAAGAGACCAACAAGAUGUUAAAAUCAUUGGGAGUAGCAACAUCUUUUCAUAGUUUUCCAAAUCUUAAACAUGAGUUACACAAAACUGAACUGGAAAAAUUGAGCUCCUGGAUUGUAAAGAAAUUGCCUGUGGAGACAGCAAUGUCAAAUGAAUAAAUGAAAUUAACUUAACAUUUCAAAAUAACAUGUUUAUGUAUGGCAAGGGCUUGCCUACAAUAACAGUUAAUGUACAGCAGGCUAGUGUGAGGUAAAUCUACAACCCAGCUUGCCACGC